AUGUUCGAUGUUUCAUACCCAGACGAAAGUGCUUUCGGUCGUCCUCAUAUGAUCAUGGACAUCCUAACUAACGACUUCGACUAUGAACGAGCAAAAGCGUACUGUGCAUCGAUUGAAGGAUUCUCUUUGAAACUGGCUGUCGCCUACAUCGUUACCAUUUUCUCAAUUAAAUACUACAUGAAAGAUAAAAAAGCAUACGAUCUCAAUUUACCUUUGAAUAUAUGGAAUGGCAUCCUUGCGAUUUUCUCCGCGCUAGGCUUUUGGUACACUUUUCCGACGUUUCUUGACGUCGUCUACAACAAGGGAAUCAUGCAUACGUAUAUGCAUAUUUCGGAAGUGCAUACAGAUAAAAGCUCCGGCUAUUGGGUGCUAUUAUGGGUGCUUUCAAAAGUUCCAGAACUAGUCGACACAAUUUUUAUUGUACUUCGAAAGCGACCGCUUAUGCUUAUGCAUUGGUAUCAUCAUGCUCUCACUGGAUACUAUGCUAUUGUGAACUAUCAUGAAGAUAACGCGCACAUGUUCUGGAUAGUAUGGAUGAAUUACGGUAUUCAUGCUGCAAUGUACAGCUACUACCUCCUCCGAUCUCUUCGAAUUCGUGUGCCACCUCAAGUCGCUCAGAUUAUCACUACUUCGCAGAUGAUUCAGUUCAUUGUCGGCAUGGCCACGCAAAUACACGUCGGUUUUCUUUCGAUUACAAGCAAGAACUCGUAUGCAGUUUCGUUUAGAGGAUGCUCGAUCGCAAAUAGCAGAAAAACAUCACAGGAGCGAAGCAGAAUGCAAUCAAACAUUGCAGUUUCUACAACGAGAGCUAUUACAACAAAGGUGGCAAGAAGUACGUUACACAUGCAAGUGGAAGUAGCAGAAAAGGGAAUUGAAUCUCAUACAUAUCGAUCACGUAAUAAACAACUAUCAGCUUAUUGA